AAAUAGCAGCUAGAAAUGGUUAUCCAACUCAGUUUAUUGAAAAUCAAAUUAGAAAUACUCUGAAUCGAUACUAUGAUAAAGAAAAGAAAAUUAAUCAACAGAUUAUUCCUAUCAAAAUUAAAGCGGUUGAUAUUCAAAAACCAAAAAUUAAAAUCAAUCAAUGUAUAGUGUUAGAUAUACCAUUUACAGGACAAGCUACUAAAGUUUUUGGUAAAAGACUUCGAAAUUUAGCCAAGGCAGUUAGACCAAAUACAGUUUUGUUAACGGUUCCUCGUCCACCACCAGCCGUUAGAGAUAAUUUUCGUAAUAAAGAUCCAAUUCCAAAAGAUAUGCAGUCCAAAUUAGUCUAUAAAAUUGAAUGUAAUGAUUGUGAAUCGGUCUACGUUGGAAAAACAGACAGACAAGCUACAAGACGUUUUGGAGAACACGGACACAUAUCAAAUUUAUUGAAGUCUAGCAAGAAAGAAAAACCUCCUCCUACUACUGCCAACACAUUAACCACAACUCAACCUGUAAGACAAUCUCAGAGGCAACGACGUAAACCUAAACUCUAUGAAUUUGAGGAGGAAGAUAUACCGGAGGAGGGGGAUAAUGUUAUUCAAACGUUUGAAUAA